GCCGUUUUAGCGGUUCACCGCGCAUGCGCGUCAGUUACUCCACUGAAGAGGGAGACAUGGCGACGUCCCUGAUCUGCGGCCGUCUGACGGCUAGCCUGAGAAACUCAGGGGCCAGAAACACUCUCAGCUCCGCUUCCAAGGUUCUCGGUGGAUCCUCGGGUCUUUUCGGAGGCCAUGUGUCCCAGCUCCUGCAGCAGCAGCAGCAGAGGAACCUCUCCCUGCACGAGUACAUGAGCAUCGGGUUGCUGAAGGAGGCCGGCAUCGCUGUGCCGCACGGCAUGGUGGCCAGCUCCCCGGAGGAGGCCUACUCUGUGGCCAAGCAGAUCGCUUCAAAGGACCUGGUGGUGAAAGCUCAGGUGUUGGCUGGUGGCAGAGGAAAGGGGACGUUUGAGGGCGGACUGAAGGGAGGAGUGAGGAUCGUCUACUCGCCAGAAGAGGCCCGGGACAUCUCCUCCCAGAUGAUCGGUCAAAAGCUGUACACCAAGCAGACCGGCGAGGCCGGUCGGAUCUGCAACCAGGUGUUCAUCUGCGAACGCAGGUACCCGCGCAGAGAGUACUACUUUGCCAUCACCAUGGAGAGGUCCUACCAGGGCCCCGUGUUAAUUGGCAGCUCGCAGGGGGGCGUGAACAUCGAAGACGUUGCUGCCGAAAGCCCCGACGCCAUUGUGAAGGAGCCCAUCGACAUUGUGGAGGGCAUUAAGAUGGAGCAGGCUGUCAAGGUAGCUCAGGAGAUGGGCUUCCCCCCGGCGCUGGUGAACGAGGCUGCAGAGAACAUGAUCAAACUGUACAACCUCUUCAUCAAGUACGACGCCUCCAUGGUCGAGAUCAACCCUAUGGUGGAGGACGCCUCUGGAAUCGUGAUGUGCAUGGACGCCAAGAUCAACUUUGACUCCAACUCAGAGUACCGUCAGAAGAUGGUGUUCGGCAUGCGGGACUGGAGCCAGGAGGAUCCCCGGGACCAGCAGGCUGCCAAGGCCGACCUCAACUACAUCGGCCUGGAUGGAACCAUCGGCUGUCUGGUUAACGGUGCGGGUCUGGCCAUGGCCACCAUGGACAUCAUCAAGCUCCACGGCGGCACACCUGCCAACUUCCUGGAUGUUGGAGGAGGAGCCACAGCUCAUCAGGUGACCGAGGCCUUCAAGCUCAUCACCUCCGACAAAAAGGUUCAGGCCAUCCUGGUCAACAUCUUCGGAGGGAUCAUGAGGUGUGACGUCAUCGCCCAGGGCAUCAUCGUAGCUGUGCAAGAACUGGACCUCAAGAUCCCCAUCGUAGUGCGGUUACAAGGGACCCGAGUGGACGAUGCCAAAGCUCUGAUCGCUGCCAGUCCGCUGAAGAUCCUGGCCUGUGACGACCUGGACGAGGCCGCCAAAAUGGUUGUGAAGCUUUCUGAGAUCGUCUCGCUGGCCAAGGAGGCUCAAGUGGACAUCACCUUCCAGCUGCCCAUCUAAGAAAGAAACCUCACCCUGCGCGACUUCCUCACCACCCAAUCGUUUCCUCCGUCACACCCCAACCGGCCCCCCGAACCUCACCCCCCUCCCCGAGAGGAGUGCAAAGACGCGUAGUUCUCUUUCUGAUGCCGUGGCAUGAUGGCAGGACUCUGUACAGGUGUCCAACAGGUAGACCAAAGGUUUCACUUUAGAAUCCUUUUUCUUUUACUCACGCUGGCACCUCCACUUCCUGUCUCGACCCCACAAACCCCACUGCACUUCCGUCGAUACGCACAAACACUUAUAUGCUUCAAACACACACACACAAUAAACCGUGCUGUUUCCUUCCUUCCGUUCUUCUUGGGAAAUGUUCAUUGGUAUUAUUCAGUGUUUUCGGUUCAGUUGAAUUGAAUAGACGACUGAUUUUUGUUCUAUCGAGCGGGUUCGUAUAUUUCACUGAAAAGGCAUCAGGACAAAGAUUGUAAUUCCAAACGCAUUCAUUAACACGCACACGCUUUUGAACCAGUGCCUUUUCAGUGUGUUAGUCUCAAAAUAGGAAUGUAACGGAAUAAAACAACAACAACAACAACUUUUGUUCCCUUCGUGUAGAAGUAUUUCAUCAAACUCAUCAAUCAGCCGUGAACCCAAACAUGCAGGCGGAGCUGCGUCUCAUUCAACGAUCUACCCUGCAGCAUUCAUCUCAUGCAUUUCUUCAUGCUGAGCUGUUUUUCCCCUUGCAGACGGUUACCUCUUACGGAGAGAAACGUUCAUCAGUUCUUAUUCCCAAAUUAAAACCACGACACAUUUUCAGGCAUCUGGAGAAACGUGUUACAACUUUGGUUCACCGAAAACGUGAUAUCAUUCACCAUUAGCUCUAGUUUCAUCCAUGCAUGCAGACGGUUUGGGAUUAAUUUGUCUGAGAUCUGAGAUUCCGCUUCAAUUCCAAAGCGAUGGAGAUGAAAGGACUUUAGUUUGGGCAUUGAAAACCUUCCUCCACAGACGUCACUGUCCCCACUUUUACCUGAAAGAAAGAAAGAAAGAAAGAAAGAAAGAAAGAAAGAAAGAAAAGCACGUUGAGGCAGGAAUCCCACGGCCCGGACAAAUUAAUCCCAAAUUACAGGUGAAGUGAGAGUUCGAAAGACGUGUCUCUCCUUCGAAAAGGCCACGCUUGUCGAUGUAUAAUAUUACUCUUGAGUCCCGGCGGCCUCGGCUGCGGGAAAAGACUCUCGUGUGCGCCGACACAUCUCAGAUCUUUAAAUGACUCGCAUGAAUUAUUCAGUGUUCCUGUUGUUGGGAGGUGAACCUUCUUGUAGGAAAGCCCCCCCCUCCACACUCCUCCCCCCUCUCCCCCCCAAGGGAGGAACUUAAGAGUGGAGCCGAGCGAGCGUGAAGCCGGCGCGGUGUGAUGUCCUGAGUUCGCUCCGUUGACCCAGAUGAAGGAACACUUGUUUCCUCUUUCUUCCCCCCGAUGAGCUGCUGCAGCGUGAGCUAGUGUGCAUCCUCUCAGUGCCCCCCCCCUCCCCUCCCUCCCCUCCCUACCCCACACCCCCUGUCCUGCUCAAGUGAUGCAUGCGUUUAUCAUGUUAGCUAACGAGGGCGCACUGGACGUCUGAGGUGCGGAGCGAUGCUCAUCAGAUGAGGUCUUCAAAGGCCUCGACGGCAGGUCUGAGGUCAGGUUCUGGCCCUUGUAGAAGUCCCUCAUUUAAAAUAACUGCUGCAGCGAGAGGUUGUGUAUUAUUUUAUUUUUUUUAGGUUGUCUUUUGCUGGAGAUCGUGUGUUUAUGCUAAUGUGUUUUACCCGACUGACUCGCGUUGAUGGAAGAAGUACUUUUGCGAUGGCUUCACUGUCUGUCCAGCCUGCCAUCGUGCCACGCAGCGGCAGCCGCUCCCUCUCUCUCUGUUUCUGUUUGUAACGUCAGACUUUAGGCCGACUGUGACCUCUAACCUGAACGAUAUAAUGACUGUAGUGGUUUCUGUUCCCUCCCCCUCCUCCUCCAGCGCUCCGAACACAAAGCAACAAUGUGAGUUGUACGUCAUUUGUUAUAUCUUGUAAAUAACCAAACUGAUGUUCUCUCUCUGUAAGAUAUUUAUGCUCCUUCAAGGAGGCACUGCAAAGGAAGAAGAAAAUAAAUGCUGAGGACACCAA